AUGUCAUCACUCCGCAGCAGAUCAGUUUUUGGCUUCAGAGUAUUCCACGGAGCCAACAGAAUCCUCGAAAGAAAGGGCACUGUGGGAGUUUUUUUCGAGGAUAUCCGAGAUGCAUGGCUUUUCCAAAGUCAGACGAGCUCCUCCAAGUUGGACUGGCAAGUAGUCCUUGACUCCGCCGCAGAGCUCUACCCGUUACCUCGAGACAGUGGCCAAUUGGUGGUCUUGGCUACUGUGCCACCAGGGUCAGCCGCCAGCGCCGAGCAAGUUGCCGCAGAAGUCACAACAAACCUUCGAGUUCACGGAGAAAUAUUUGCGUUUGAAAAGAAAAUGACGUAUAGAGAUGGGUCAUUUAGGGGCGUUGUAGAAUACUGUGAUGUUUUGGCAGCGAAGACGGCACUCGCCCAAGCGCAAACAUCAGCAGGACAGAGCCAUAUCGGGAAGAAGACACAACUUCAGCCAGCAAUGGUGUGCGGAUCUGUGAUACUGCUCGCAUCUCCAGCCCAGGCACGAGCUGGGAAUACGGGUCUGCUUCCUCGAAACCGAGCUCGAUUUCCCACACAAAUCUUUGCUUGA